CUACAACCGAAAAGCCAUGUGGGUUGGGGGUUCGUGAGUUUAUGUCCACCCGCUUGCUGUAGGACUGCCUGUGUAACUGUGAAGGGAAACAUUAUGUUACCCCCCACUACCACCACAACCACCACAACCACUCCACCACCUUCGUACACUCCUCAUUCGCCAACUGGCCUGCAUCCUCCUCCAACUGUCUUCUCUUGCCACCUGCUUGCUUUGAUAAAUUCCCUCAAUUGUCUCGGUUUCCAAUCCAGUCUUGAUUUACUUACCAAUUGUUUUGCUUGUUCGAUUCCCUCGCUGUCAUUCGUCGAGUUACAAUGGGCCUCCUAUGCUGUGGUAACGACGAUGACAAAACGAAACCCCUGAUGAUCCCGACGCCUCCGCGGAUAGCCCCAAUGCUGGUUCGUCGGCGCUCCGUUCCCCGUCCGCGAGCUUCGAAACAAAACAUCGAAAGGUUCUAUCGCGAGGGCCGCGAGCUCCUCCGUGCUGAGCAGGAAGAGCAGGAGAUUUCGGGAUUGCGGGCUACCUUGCGGCAGGAGUACGGAGAGGAUGUGAUGGCCUAUGAUGACGAUGCGACGGAGAUUCGGGGCCCCGUCGAUUUUGGAGACAUGAGGGGAUAUGAGCGGAAUGGUGCGAGGACUGUCGCUGCUGAUUCCAUGUUCAGGACUAUGCACAAUCGGAGAUACUCCUUUGAGACGGCAACGGAUAGGAUGGGUGUGAAAGCCAAAAAAUCAACGGCUGUUCCUACUCCGGACUCUGAAGUGACUGAGGUACACCUCAAUUCGUACAGUCAGCACUCGCUGGAAAGAAUGGAGGAUAAUCCUCCCUCCGAAACACCGUGGGCUGCAGACAUUGCCGCAUACGAAACCUAUCUCAGACGGGACAACGCUGAACCAAACAAGGGUUCAUAUCAUUCGCGAACAGUCACUGCUAGGGCUACUGCUGAUAGGUCGUUAGAUCGCAGAAUGGAUGCCGUACCGGCAGGGAGUCACCGGGAACGUGAUCUGGAUGCUGGAGGAUUUAUCACUGCGGCUACAGCCGUCGUGGUCGAGGGAGAGGAAGGGCAUCGGACGUCGAGGGUUACCAGGUCAGCGAAAAAGCAUCACAGGGUUGCUCUUUCAGGAGCUCGGAUGAAGGAGCCACCGAAGUUGGAUGGAGACGCAACACGAGGAGCAAAGACGCGGGGCGGUAGUGGUGCUAGCGGCAAUCAGGUAAUGGCUAUUCCGCCUGAGGAGUUAUUCUCACGGAUCCCGAACCUGUUGAAGUCUUCCACCAGCACUUUCUUCGGGUCCAAUUCCUCGGUGUUUGGGCCCCGGGUAUUGAGCUCACCUGCUUCGGACGAAACGCAACUUCGCCAUAGAUUCAGCCAACGGUCUCUGCAUCAGGGCCAGCCUUCGAGGAAGCAGUCGAAGAGUACCUUGUUUAUGCAGCAGCGAAUCGACAGUGGUUCUUCCGUUUAUCCGUCUCCUGACGCUUCCGAGUGCCCAUCCUUGGAUGAGUCCGUCCCUGACGUUCCCGACACGACAUAUCGAGGACAACACGCCACCACCAUGCCGUCGAGACAUGCUCGCAGAGACACAGACACUUGCAUCCCACGCACUCGCUCGGUUGCCAGCUAUAAAAGCGUUGAGGAACCGGCAAACAUCUCGAAAUUCAGCUUUCCCUGGAACGGACAAGCAAAUCCUACUCUCACUCAGAUACACGCUGAGAUCGUCCAUGAGGAGCUCCAGCCUCCGGUCAAACCAGGCCAGCAAAUGGAAUCCCCCCCUCCCGGAAAGAAGAAGAACCAGAAGGGGCCCGUCGUGCCGCAGAAACGCUCCAGCUCCGCCCGUGCUUUCACCGGAAUUCUGAACUUUGUGAAAUCCGGGAUUACCAGUGGAGAAUAUAGCAGUGCCAGUGUGAGCUCUGAGAUCCAAAGCCCCGGCAACCCCGAUUCCGGACCGGUUUCUCUCACCACAGGUAGUACGAGUUCUACACCUCCAGCUAACUAUUCCAGUCGCAACUCGGGCACUCCACAAAGUGGAAGGACGGCCCAGCAACAGAUUGACAUCUACUCGAGGCACAAUUCUUCGAGCAUCUUCCGUGACGACGACGAUGAUCGUCGCGACCUAAGACAUCAGACGUCGUCAUUGAGGCGUGAAGUCGCCAUGGAGACUGCAGAAAGCCUUGGACGGUUCGACCACCUCGGCGACUCCGACCAGCGACAGCCACGUAGCCUAGCCCUACGGAAGUCGUUUACCAUCAGCAUCGCCAAGCUCCGGGAAAAAGUCAGCAUCGGUGGAUUCAAGACCAUUCCCAAGGCUGGACGGGACAGUGGCGAGUCGACGAAUCGGCCGGCCAUCAAGCCACGGCAGAGCAUUGCAACAAUGCAUGACGUUGACACCCAGCCAGAAGCUUCCAUGGAACACCAGCGGGCCGCUGGCAGGAUCUCUCGGAAACAGAAAGUACGCGCGUUGCGCUCACCGGCUGCCUGGGAGGACAGCGAGGGUGCUUCUUGGGGCAGUGGCGCAGAGGUUGCCAAGCUCCGUCGCAGCAAUACUACGCAGACCAUGCCUUCGAGGAGAUCUAGUGCCAGUGCCUCUGCCGCCGCCGCGGUCGGCGAUAGGAAGAGACGGAACACUACAUAUAACGAUUGCGUGAUCGUUCCGUUUGCGGCUGAUGGGGGUGAUGACCACCACCACCACGAAGGCGAGUGUAUCGCUUAUGGAGACGGUAAUGCUAAUGUUAACGUUAAUGUUGGGGCGGGGUUCCAGCAGGAGGAAUAUGAUACUGAGCGCUCGUUUUGGAGGGAAACGAGGAGUAUGGCUGAGUUGAGUACUAGACGCGCUAGCAUUGGGACUGCCCAUUAGGCGUAGGCGUUACUUACAUGUGUUACAGGAGUUCAUGGGGUGUUAUUGUGCGUGCUUUGCUUUGACUCUGCUUUGAAGUUUGACUUUUGGUGAUUGAUUGGUUAUUGACAUUGACAUUGGUAGAAGGGGGGACUGACGGGUGAUAGCUACUCAACUGAGUCCUUAUGUACUGGAUUGACUUGACUUGUAUUCUUGAACUUACCUAUUCGUAUUGUACUCUACUCUAGGUGCUCUGCUCUUACUGUGCUUGACGAUUAUAAGAUGAGAUGGGAUGGGAUGGGAUAAGUAUUUGGUAUGGACGAUAAGAUUGUGUGGGAGCUGAUGGGAUGAAAGAAUAGAAUAGAAUUGAGGAGUGUCUUUUAUUUUUUGUUCGGUUUUUAUUUCACGAUCCUGUAUGUACUAGGAUUGAUUUAGAACUGAGAAGAGAGAGAGAGAGAGGGAAC